AUGGAGGGCGGGUUGGAGCCUGAGAAGCAAGGCCCGAUCCUCAUCACCCUGAUCUUGACGGCUUUGACCAAGUGCUUUCAGUGCGACGACGAGGGCGAGGAGGACGGAAAUUUCCUGACGCAAACGCGCUUUGACGCCAUUCUUCCCCUCCUCACGGGACUGAUAACGGGCCUCCACUCCUUCCUCCCUCCUGCUUCCUCCCCCUCUGCUAAUUCCACUUACCGGGCACUGGCGGAGGCGAAUCUCAUCCCUUGCCUCGCUUACAUGGCCCUGGCGGCGGGGAAAGACGUGUUGUGGAAGCCUUACCACCAUCAGGUGCUCAUGCAGACUCGGGCACGAGCCUGGGAGGUCCGCUGGGUGGCGUUGCGGACGCUGAGAGAGACCUUCGUCGUAGUGGGCGAGGAGUACCUGGCCAUGCUGCCGGAGAGCAUUGCCUACUUGAGCGAACUAUUGGAGGACGAGAGGGAGGAGGUGGUGGAGGAAUGUAAGACUACCAUUGCCUACAUUGAAGACUUGAGUGGGGAGAGUUUGGAGAGUUAUUUGGCCUAG